AUGAUGCAUCCCCUGACAAAUUUUGCAUUGCUCCUACUACUGUCCUCAGUUUCUGAGACGUCUGCCUUUCUCGUCAAGGAACGGACGCACGUGACAUCAACCGAUAUCACUAAACGUUCAACUCGGAUUGGCAGCUAUUUGGACAAUCUUGGUGGCGGAUCUACCCCUGUCGGGAGCAGUUAUGGAAAAGCCAAUGUGAGCGGAGCAUUUACAGUGGUCCCUACAUUGAGUUUGGAGCAGGCUGAUACGAUUGCAAACAUCGUUAUUACGAUCUGCCAGCGAAACAGAUUUAGUCCAGUUGCGGUGACUGUUCUGGACGCAUCUGGAUGCACCAUUGUCUCCAAACGCAUGGAUGGAUGCUCUGUGGUCGGAAUACCCGACUUCAGCCGCGCAAAGGCCUACAGUUGCAUCGUCAACAAAUAUCCGUCCCGUGUCUUUCGCGACCGCUACACUGCAGAAGAAGCUUCCGCGAAGUUUUGUCAAAUGACCUCCAUGGUGGCCAUUAGUGGCAACCAAAUGGCGCCCUUUCCAGGAGGAAUUAUGCUAAAGGUGGGUGACUAUGUGAUUGGAGCUGUGGGUGUGAGUGGAGCGGCUGGAGACGAAGAUGAGUACUGUGCUAUCACUGCAGUUCAAGAGGCGAAUAUUCCUGGGCUCAUGACAGUACCUGCAGCACACUCUUGCAGCACUGUCAAUGAGCCCUAUCAGAGAUAA